CGUAGGAUACGAUAAUCUGUUAAAGGAAGCAAGAGAACGACCAUUUACAGAAGAAGAGUUUAGACAACGAGUUCAACAGUUGGAUGCAAAAGCUAUAAUUGAUUUCGCUAUUGACUGGAGUCAUACACGAAAUUGGCAUUCAUUUGUGGGAAAAUACGGCUUGAAAUUGAAGACAGCUGUUGAACAACGUAUUGGAAAAACUUUGUAUCCGAAACAACCAAAUGCCGAAAAAACAGAAUUAUGAUAUUCCACCGUGGGAACGGUCUAAUUGGGAGUUCAUGCAUGAAGGCCAGAAACGCUAUGCCUAUGAACAAUGGCUAAUGUCUCGUGUUCGCCGUGGUUUGCCUAUAGAUCACGACCGCCCAUCAACAUCUGGUUCAGCCACUGGGACAAGUUCUGUAAACGAACAUCACGUAGACCACGAGGUAUCAGACAGCGAAGAAGACGAAGACGAACAAGGACCAGAAGAAACACAACAACAUUCUGAACCACAACGUUUAGUACCAUAUUCUGAUAGUGACGAAGGUAUGAGUUCGCCAAUGCAGGUAGAUUCAGGUAAAUGUCAGGCUGCAGCAGGUCAAUCUUGUGGAUCUAAGAAAAAAAAAAAACGUUAACAGGCACUGCAGCACCAUCUGCUAACUUGGGUGAUUCUCCUAAUA